AUGUUUUGCCCACUGAAUUUCAUCCUGGUGCUGAUGUUAUUAGAUUACUCCUUGGGCCUGCAUGACUUGAUUGUUCCCAGCCCUGACCUAACAGUCCAUGUGGGUGAUUCAGUCCUGAUGGAAUGCAUUUUCCAUAGCACAGAACAGAAACGUGUGACCAAGGUGGACUGGAUGUUUUCAUCAGAAGAAGAUACCAAGAAUGAUUAUGUGCUAUACUACUAUGCCAAUCUCAGCGUGCCUCUGGGGCGCUUUCAGAAUCGUGCGCACUUGGUGGGGGACACCUCACGCAAUGAUGGUUCUCUCCUGCUCCAAGAUGUGAAAACAGCUGACCAAGGAACCUAUAUCUGCGAAAUCCGCCUUGAAAUGGAGAGCCUGGUGUUCAAAAAAGAGGUGAUGCUGCAUGUAAUACCAGAGGAGCCCAAAGAGAUUAUGGUCCAUGUGGGUGAUUCAACUCAGAUGGGGUGUGUUUUCCAGAGCACAGAAGAGAAACGUGUGACCAAGUUACACUGGAUGUUCUCAUCAGGAGAGCAUACCAAGGAGGAGAUUGUGUUAUACUAUUCCCACAAACUCAGUGUACCUCUGGGAUACCCCAAGAACCAGGGACGCUUCCAGAACCGCAUAAAGCUGGUGGGAGACAUUUCCCACAACGAUGGCUCCAUCAUGCUCAAAGAAGUGAGGGAGUCUGAUGGAGGAAACUACACCUGCAGUAUCUACCUGGGGAACCUAGAGUUUAAGAAAACCAUUCUGCUGCAUGUGAUCCUGAAACAGCCUAGAACAUUGGUAACCCCAGUGGCCUUGACGCCUGAUAGCCUGGGUGGUAAUCAGCUGGUGAUCAUUGUGGGCAUUGUCUGCACCACCAUCCUGCUGCUUGCUGCUCUGAUACUGAUAGUCAAGAGGACUCACAGGACUGAGAGUUCAGUGAAUUCUACAACCCUGGUCAAGAACCUGGAGAAAGCAAAGAAAGUGAACCCAGAGAAACACGUUUACUCCUCCAUAAGUAUACGGGAGGUGAUCGAGGAAGAAGAAUCGACUGGAAAAUCAGAGGCCACCUACAUGACCAUGAACCCAGUUUGGCCUUCUAUGAGGUCAGCACAGAACAACCCACUUGGAAAAAAGUCAUCUGAGGAAAUACCAAAACCAGAGCAAAUCCUUUGA